AUGAACAUUGAGAAACAGAUGAAGAUUUAUACAAAGAGAGAAGAUAAAUAUGUAGUUCGUUAUGAUAGAACAACACCGCUAUGGGAUGUUAUGAAAACAUUGUGGGAGUGCAAAUAUUUCGAACCUAUUUCUUAUGGAGAACUUUUCACAUAUACUACUGACUUAUAUAAACAGAACCUUGCACCAUUUAAAGAUUUGACAUAUGCUCCAAAGUAUUGUGUACAACUGAAGAAGAAAGCAGAGUCAAAAGAAGUAAAUAAAGCUAAAUGUAAAUUCAUUCCUGAGCACGUUUUCUUUGCUGACUUUGAGUGUAGUACGGAUGGCUUUCAUAAAGCUUUUAACAUCUGUUAUGACAGUGAAGAUGGUUCAGUGAGUGAAAGCAUUUGGGGUCAAAACUGUGCAACAGAAUUUUUGGAAAGACUUCCUGACAAGAGUUUAAUAUAUUUCCACAACCUCAGUUAUGACAUAAACUUCAUCUUAAGACACAUGACAGAAGUGAAAGGAACUCCCAUCAUUAAAGGUUCACGAACAAUGCAAAUAACUGGUUUAUAUAAAGGACGGGCAAUUAUUAUAAAAGACUCUUACAGUGUUAUAAAUAAGAAGCUUAAACUAUUUCCUGCUAUGUUUAACUUACAAACAGGACCGAAAGAAGUAUUUCCAUAUAACUACUACAGCAGUGUUUUGUUAGCAAAUGACAACAGAACUGGUGUCAUUUCUGAAGCAUGUAAGUUUAUCCAUGAUGCAGAUACAUUCAUGAAAAACAUAGAUUCCAUCAAAGGUUGCAGAAUAGAUGAAAACCACUUCGACUUAGAAAAAUAUAGCACGUUUUACUGCAAACAAGAUG